AUGCCGUCGUUCUGGGAAAACAUCCGAAUGCCUGAAGCCACGGACGAACGCGAAUCGGGCGCCAAUAUCGCUGAAGCCGGCGAUAUGGCCGCUUAUGUGAGCUUCCCACCGCCCAGCGCCGGUACGAGCUUGCCGGCCAUCAUCGUCGUGCAGGAAGCGUUUGGCGCUAACCAGCACAUCCAGAAGGUAGCCGACGGCUUCGCCGCCGAGGGUUACGUGGCCGUUGCUCCGGCCCUGUUCCACCGCAACGAGCGCAACCCCAACCCAAUGCUGGGCUACACGCCGGACGAUUUUGACGCCGCGGUCAACACCUACAUGCCGGCGCUGACAGGGCAGGGGAUUAUCGCCGACAUCAACGCAACGAUCGACUACCUGCAGCGCACCUACCCGCGAACCCGCGGCCAGAACAUCGGGAUAGUCGGAUACUGCAUGGGUGGGCGCGUGGUUUACCUGGCCGCUAGCUCUUGUUCCGGUCUGUCCGCUGGCGUGUGCUACUACGGUGGCGCCAUACUGGCCCCGUACAGCGAUGGUGUGACCCCCAUCGACGGCACCGGCAACAUCAGCAUCCCGCUGAUGGGCAACUUCGGCGAGACCGACGGCAACCCCACGCCGGCGGACGUUUCUCAAAUCGAAGCAGCGUUGGAUGCAGCCGGGAAGUCCUACGACUUCAAGAUGUAUUCCGGCGCCGGCCACGGUUUCAACUGCAACGACCGCGACAGCUAUGACCAAGCUGCCGCUGACGACGCUCAGGCGCGCACCGUAGCAUUCUUCAACGAGCAUUUGAAGUAA